UACCAUCUGACAGGCGAUGCUGUGGGAGCCGCCCAGUGCCGGCCGGCAAACAUCCCGAAUGAGCUGUGAGCCGGAGAGAGAGCUGGACCGGCAUCGUCACCAUGUGGGUGUUCGGGUACGGCUCGCUCAUCUGGAAGGUGGAUUUCCCCUACGAGGAGAAACUGGUGGGAUACAUCACGUGUUACAGCCGCAGGUUCUGGCAGGGCAGCACCGACCACCGGGGGGUCCCGGGAAAGCCUGGAAGAGUUGUCACACUUGUUGAAGACCCAGAGGGCUGUGUGUGGGGUGUUGCUUACAGAUUGCCAGAGGGAAAAGAAGACGAAGUGAAGGCUUACCUUGAUUUUAGAGAGAAAGGGGGCUACCGGACUACAACCGUUGUCUUUUAUCCCAAAGAUCCCUCAAUAAAACCAUUUAAUGUACUUCUGUAUAUCGGAACAUGUGAUAACCCCAACUACCUCGGUCCAGCUCCUUUAGAAGACAUUGCAGAGCAGAUUUUUAAUGCAGUUGGGCCCAGCGGAAAAAACACGGAAUACCUGUUUGAACUUGCAAAUUCACUCAGGGAUCUGGUUCCAGAAGAUGCAGAUGAGCAUCUGUUUUCUUUAGAAAAGUUAGUGAGAGAGCUUUUGGAAAGACAUCAAAAUUGUAUAUAAACUACCAUGGCAGAUUUGUUAAUUUAACAGCAAAGCAUCUGGCACUGCAAUGCCCAAAAUAUCUUUUAUUCAUACAAAUUACAGAAUCUGUGUUACAUUAUUAUUUUAAAAUGUCAUUUUAUGUGCAAAUGCAAAACAUCCUUGUAUUUAUUCUCAGUUUUACGACCCAGAUAUUCUUUUGCAAAGUACUUCUGUUUACCUAGAAGUAGAUAAAAUAAUUAUUAAAUUUUUUUUGGCAAGUAUGAAAUGUAACGUACCUGAAGGAACAGGGAAACGUAUAUGCAAAAUAGAACAUUUCCUUAUGAGAAACUGUGCCACGUUCUCAUGUCUGCAAGUGCAGUGUUCUGUUCCAAAUUCUCAGAGGUAUUUGUCAUACAUAAUAUGGGAUUAUUCUCUAAAAAAAGUAUACAAAAAUCAACGGCAUAGGCACACAGGAGGAACAGCAGGGGACGUUAACAAUAAAGUACGCCUUACAGUUUAUUUAAAAAGUGCAGAAUUCAGAAAAACACAGUAUUUUAUUUGAUUUAUUUAUUAUUGCAAUUU